UAUGUAUGACAGCUCACAGCUGUAUCAAAUAUGUGAAAAGUUGAUUAAUAGAAAAAAACUUAUUGGUUGAUGAGUAGUAAUUGUUUUUAGGAAAAAGUGCAAAUAAUUUAUACAAAAAAAGCUUGUUUAAUAUCACUACAAGAUGUUAACUUUACGUGACAGACAAAUAAAUGCUAUAAAGCAGAUGCUCAAUCUGAAUGUACAACAGCCGAAAAUCUUAGCUGCAGAGCCUGUGUGGAAAAUAUUGAUAUUUGAUCGGGUGGGACAGGACAUCAUAUCGCCAAUCAUUUCCAUCAAAGAGUUACGCGAACUAGGCGUGACUUUACAUGUGCAACUACAUUCCGACCGUGACUCAAUACCAGAUGUGCCUGCCGUUUACUUUUGUUUGCCAACCGAUGAAAAUUUGGAUCGUAUACAGCAGGAUUUCGGUAACGGACUGUACGAUGUUUACCACUUGAAUUUCUUGGCGCCCAUUACGCGUCAGAAAAUUGAAGAUUUAGCAGCAGCAGCACUGCAAGCCGGUUGUGUGGCCAAUAUACAUCGCGUAUACGAUCAAUAUGUGAACUUCAUCAGCUUAGAAGAUGACUUCUUCAUAUUGAAACAUCAGAAGAGUGAGCAAUUGUCAUAUUAUUCCAUAAAUCGUGCGAAUACGCGUGAUGAGGAAAUGGAAGCAUUAAUGGACUCUAUAGUGGAUUCGCUAUUUGCCGUUUUUGUCACAUUAGGCAAUGUACCAAUUAUACGUUGCCCACGCAAUAGCGCCGCUGAGAUGGUGGCACGUAAAUUGGAGAAGAAAUUGCGUGAGAAUCUCUGGGACUCACGCGCCAAUCUCUUCCAUAUGGAUGCAACGCAAGCCGGUGGUGUAUUUAGUUUCCAACGUCCUGUGCUGCUAUUGUUGGAUAGAAAUUUAGAUUUAGCAACACCAUUACAUCACACAUGGUCAUAUCAGGCACUAGUGCAUGAUGUGCUAGAAUUGGGUUUGAAUCUAGUAUACGUCGAGGAUGAUAGUGCAACGAACACGGGUACACGAAAAAAGCCGAAAGCUUGCGAUCUUGAUCGUAAUGACCGUUUUUGGGUGACACACAAAGGCAGUCCAUUCCCCACAGUGGCCGAGGCAAUACAAGAAGAGCUAGAAUCCUACCGCAAUUCUGAGGAGGAAAUCAAACGCCUGAAAACAUCUAUGGGCAUUGAUGGUGAAACUGAAGUGGCAUUUUCCAUGGUUAACGAUACUACGGCACGUCUCACGAACGCUGUGAAUUCAUUGCCACAGCUGAUGGAGAAGAAGCGUCUUAUUGAUAUGCACACAAAAAUUGCCACCGCAAUUUUAAACUACAUUAAAGCACGUCGUUUGGAUUCUUUCUUUGAGUUGGAGGAGAAGAUCAUGUCGAAACAAACACUCGAUCGCCCGCUGCUGGAAUUGUUGAAAGAUCCCGAAUUCGGUUUACCUGAGGAUAAGCUGCGUCUAUUCAUCAUCUAUUAUAUUUGUGCGCAAAAUGUACCCGAAUACGAAAUUGAACGCAUGAAAGAAGCGCUACAAGAGGCCGGCUGUGAUCUAUCGCCACUUGCGUACGUACAGCGUUGGAAGGGUAUUAUGAAUCGCUCGCCGGCAAUGAGUCAGGCCGCGCAAUAUGAGGGUGGCGGUACACGCACUGUAUCUAUGUUCUCGAAAUUGGUGUCGCAAGGAUCCUCAUUUGUGAUGGAGGGUGUGAAGAAUUUGGUCGUCAAAAGACAUAGUCUCCCGGUGACGAAAAUCACCGAACAGGUGAUGGAAUGUCGCAGCAAUUCGGAAACCGACGACUAUCUUUACUUGGAUCCCAAACUGUUGAAGGGCGGCGAUGCAUUGCCAAAGAAUCGUGCACCAUUCCAAGAUGCGGUCGUCUUCAUUGUGGGCGGUGGCAAUUAUAUUGAAUACCAAAAUCUAGUGGACUGCAUCAAGCAAAAGCAAACGGCGAAUGCCAAUAAGCGCAUCAUCUAUGGCUCAUCCACGCUGAGCAAUGCGAAACUCUUCCUCAAAGAGCUGUCGGCAUUGGGGCGAGAAAUACAGGCGCCCGUCUUGAGUUAGGAACGGCAAAGCAGAUACAGGGUACACGCCAACUUGAGUUGCUGUUGAACGGCGAGAAAACGUGUGUGAAGUGUUGAACAUUUGCUAAUUUCUUUCUUUGUUUUUAUUUUUUAUCAACGAAUAAAUUGCAAAUUGUAUUUAAAUUAAAAUUAGCGGAUAUUGUGUAGUGUUGCCAGCGUGUCGUAGCCGUCGCUGUUUAUUUGUAAGCAAUGGUUUUUGUUUUAUACAAUUUAUUACAUACAUAUAUACACACAUAUAAAUAAAAAAAAAUCCAGUUGUGACUGCGCGACGUGGGUCUAUAUAAAAAUAUGCAUACAUACAUA